CGGGUCCUCAUAUCAGAAAUCGAGCGCUUGAAGCGUCGCGGGAGCGCGAAUGUGGGUUCAAGACCACCUAGUCAAAAGAAGUCGAGUUCUCUGGAGGAGCACAUCGCGGGACUAGAGCAGGACCGGGACUACUGGAAGAGUCAAGUAGAACUCCUGAGUCAAAUGCUCACCUGUCCCGGUAUUAGUGGCUCGAGAGGCACCAUCAACAAGCAAGGCGGCAGUAGAGUCUCCUCUGCCUCUAAAGUCGGCCGAGGCAAAAUCCAGAAGGAUGAACGAACAUCCAGGGUAAAACUUUAA